AUGUACACAAGUGUUGGUUUUGUACCGUGUAAUGGACAACACAUUAGUUACCAGCACUCCAAUGGGUACCGUGUGAUUACUACUGAAUACCGAGAAAAUAAUAUAACCAACAAACGUAUGGAACGUAAGGAUUUGACAUUGAGUUUCCAUAACUUAAUCAAACGAGAUGAACAGCUUUACGGGUAUACGAGCUACACGAACUACGGGAUGGAUACUCCUACUCCAGCACCGUCUGCCUCGGGCGACUGCCUGGCCGGAUUCGGAUUUCCCACCAUGGAUUCCCUGAGUCCAGUGCUGGACUCGGACUUUGAUGAGAGCCUGGCUGUACCUGAGUCACUGUCCAUCAUAGAAGGGGACAAAGUCGAUAAUAAGGAGGAAAAUGGUGUUACUGCACCAAGACAAACGACAGUGCCAUUUAAAAAUAUCCACACCCCGCCGGUAAAGUUCAACUCAGUGCAUAGGAAAGUGUUCAUUCCGGGUGUUGAAAUAAAGGUCAGAUUCGUAGAAAACGAAAGAAGCGUCACAACACACUUGCUGAAUCCUAAUUUAUACACAAUCUACCUCCAACAUGGUGAAUUCAACUGGACGAUCAAGAAGCGUUAUAAGCACAUACUCUAUCUUCAUCAGCAGCUCACACUAUACAGAACCUCUUUGGACAUUCCCUUCCCCACCAAAACCCAUAAAACUAGAAGAGCCAGCUUCAAGAAUACUGUUGAUACGGAAGAAAAGGCUGAAAGGGUUGCCAUGCAGGCUGUGCCUAGAAGUAAUUCUAGGAGAGCUGUGAGGCCUAGGAAGAGGAAAGGAGCUCUGCCUAGAUUUCCAAAGAAACCCGAAGUAAUGGUGACAUACGAGGGCAUCCAGCUAAGAAUGAAGCAGCUUGAGGAGUAUCUAUACAACCUCCUAAACAUCUCGAUAUACAGGAACCACCAUGAAACGGUCAAAUUUCUAGAAGUAUCAAAUCUGUCGUUCAUAUCGGACUUAGGCGGUAAAGGCAAGGAGGGCAUGAUACUGAAACGCACCGGUUCGACUCAGCCAGGGCAAGCUGGGUGCAACUGCUUCGGUCUCCUCGGAAACAUGGUUUGUGUGAGGUGCAACUACUUCUGUACUGGUCUGCUGUGUGCCAAGUGGCAAGAACGAUGGUUCUUCGUGAAAGAUACAUUCUUCGGGUACAUUCGACCGAGGGAUGGCGUCGUGAAAGCUGUUAUGCUGUUUGAUCAAAUGUUUGAAGUAUCAAGCGGUAUGUACUCAACGGGAAUGAACCAUGGUCUUCAGAUCCUCAACCAGAGUCGACAGAUGGUGAUCAAAUGCUGGACCAAGAGAAAGAGUAAAGAAUGGAUGCAGCACCUCAAAACUGUUGCUAAUCAGACUGCUAGAGAUUUCACGUACCCAAAUCUCCACCAUUCCUUCGCCCCGCCCCGCGCAGCCACCCCAGUGGGUACCUUAGUGGACGGCUCCGCGUACCUCUCCGCUGUAGCCGAUGCCAUGGAACUGGCUAAAGAGGAGAUCUUUAUAGCAGACUGGUGGCUCAGUCCGGAGAUAUAUUUGAAGAGACCAGCACUCAAUGGCAGCUAUUGGAGGCUUGAUACUCUGUUAAAGAGGAAGGCGGCGCAAGGUGUAAAAAUAUUCAUAAUGCUGUACAAGGAAGUGGAGAUGGCACUCGGUAUCAACAGUUUCUACAGCAAAAGUAAAUUAGCUAGCGAAUAUAUUAAGGUAUUCCGUCACCCCGACCAUGCGAAAGCCGGCGUCUUGUUCUGGGCGCAUCACGAGAAGAUUGUAUGUGUCGACCAGACUGUCGCCUUUGUGGGUGGCAUCGAUCUCUGCUAUGGACGAUGGGACGACUAUAAACAUAGGUUAAUAGACCUCGGCAAUGAAGUUCAACCUAAAAGCCUAUUACGAAUGAAGAAACAGACAUCGUCCUCUCCAGGCGGUGGACCGUAUCUACCGUAUACCAAUGGACUGGAGGCUGCCCUCGAACUCGCUAAGAGCUCCAAGGAUCUAGUCAUCAGUUUAAACGAUGCGACAUUAAAAGAAGAAGACGAACAAACAGAAAAAGAAAACAACAACGAAGUUAAACCUGAACCUAGUACAACAGAGAAUCCAGAUAACUUGCCAGUCUUGGAGCCAGGAGACCAGCUCCUCAUCAGGAGUGCCAACGCUCAAAUAGACCCGAACAAACGAGAAAGCGCACUCGAUACUCCAGAAGUACAAAGAAGAAAUGUCUUAGACAAAAUAACUGACAGAGGAAAAAACAUUAUUAGUAUUCUUUACCCUCCGUACGAAGAAGAGAGAAAUGAGCAGAAGUUCGAUGAUUCUGAAAGAAAGAAGGCAGAGAAGUAUGCUUUGUCUACUGAUCAGAUUCUAUUGACUGAUGCGUUGGGGAUCAAACCAGUGGAAGUUAACAGUAGACAUGUUAGUCAGCCAACUCCGUUAGCGCAAGUGGUUGAAGGGAGAGUGAUUACAGACCAGACGAAAGAAGAAUUGGAACACAAAGAAGGAAACUCCAAGCUCUGGAUAGGAAAGGAUUAUACUAACUUCAUUGUUAAAGACUUUAAUAAUUUAGAUCUGCCUUUUGUAGACUUAGUAGACCGCAACACGACGCCUCGUAUGCCGUGGCACGACGUCGGCGUCGUACUGCAGGGCGCCGCCGCCAGGGACGUCGCCAGGCACUUCAUACAGCGGUGGAACGCUAUCAAACUGGAGAAGGCUAGACAAAACCCGAACUACCCGUACUUAUUACCGAAGGCGUACUCCGACAUCAAACCUCUACAAGAUCUGGAUAAAGUACUAGAAGUUGAUAUUAACACUGUCUCCUGUCAGGUACUCCGCAGCCUAUCAAGUUGGUCAGGUGGCUUCUUGGACCCCGACACAGUGGAACAGAGCAUACACGAAGCCUACGCCGACACUAUAACCAGGGCACAGCAUUACGUAUACAUUGAGAACCAGUUCUUCAUCACACAAUCACGCUCUAGCCAGGCUGUGAGGAAUCAGAUAGGCGAGGCGCUAUACAACCGAAUAAUGCGUGCGUUCCGCGCGAAGGAAACGUUCCGAGUGUUCGUAGUGAUGCCGCUACUGCCCGGCUUCGAGGGAGAGGUCGGCGCGCCCUCCGGGACCUCGCUGCACGCUGUCACUCAUUGGAACUACCAGAGCAUAUGCAGGAGCCGCGAAGCAAUAAUAACUCGUCUAUACGAGUCUGGCGUACCAGAUCCCUUCGAAUACAUUACGUUCCAUGGCUUACGAACUCACUCAGUACUGGGAGGGGAGCCGGUCACUGAGUUGGUGUACGUGCACUCGAAGUUACUCAUAGCUGAUGACAAAACGAUAAUUUGUGGCAGCGCCAAUAUUAAUGAUAGGUCUAUGAUUGGCAAGAGGGACUCGGAAAUCGCUGUGUUGUUGCAGGACGAGCAGUUCAUAGACGGUACAAUGAACGGUGAAGCCUACCCAUGCGGUAAAGUAGCUGGUGCACUACGUAAGCGACUGUUCAGGGAACAUCUAGGUCUUAUGGGGGAAGACCUAGACAAGUUAGGCAUAUCACUUGACGAUCCCAGCUGCCACGAGUUCUAUAGAAACUACUGGAAGGCUAUAUCUAAGAGGAACACUGAUAUCUAUGAAGAUGUAUUCCACACAAUACCAACAGACGCAGUACACACCUUCGCUGAACUAAAGAAAUACCAAGAAGAGAACGAAUGUCUUUGGAACAAGGACCCAGCUCUAGCUAACCGGAAAAUAGACCUUAUACAAGGAUAUUUAGUAGACAUGCCGUUGGAAUUCCUUUGCAACGAAACACUAACACCUAGGAACACUUCUAUGGAAGGUAUGUUGCCGACUGCACUUUGGACUUAA